CGGUGCCAGUGCUAGCCAGCUACCAUUGAAGGCUCUGUGAAUGCACCAAACACAAGACUAAGUCCAUGUAUUACGUGUAAGGGUCCUUAUCUACAAAUCUAAGUGAUUCCACGAUAAGGACUAGUUUAAAAAAUAUCGUGAGUGACUGUCUCCCACUUUACUUUCACACAUGCAGUGCUACAGAUAAAAAUAUUUACGAGUGAUUGUGCGUAUUUGAAUCAGUGGCGUAAAAAACUUUUGUAGCGUGGGUUGAGACACGAGAACAAUCAAAUGCUUAUGAUGGACAAUGACGUUCGUCACAAGAUGACAAAUAACAUCGACUUGCAACAGACGGAAAUGCUACUCGAACAGAGAUACCCGGUGCCCGACAGUCCGUUGGAUUUGAGAGGAUCCGGCGAAUCGCAGGAAGUAAAAUCGGACAGUUUCCCUAAAGAGAAAUCAUCAAAGAAACCCGGACACCAGCUAAUCAAACCACCAUACUCCUACAUUGCUCUGAUCACCAUGGCCAUACUCCAAUCACCCUCGAAGAAGCUGACGCUGAGCGGGAUCUGCGAAUUUAUCAUGAGCAGGUUUCAGUACUACAGAGAGAAGUUUCCCGCCUGGCAAAAUUCCAUCAGACACAACCUGUCGCUGAACGACUGCUUCAUCAAGAUUCCCAGGGAACCGGGAAAUCCCGGCAAAGGUAACUACUGGACGCUCGAUCCUUUAGCCGAGGACAUGUUCGACAACGGCAGUUUUCUGCGAAGGCGAAAACGAUACAAAAGACCAUCUCCCAAUUUACUGAUGAGAGAUCAUCACGCUUCCGCGAUGGUGGCCUCGUUCUUGAAUCAGGAGAACUACUCGCACGGUCUGUUCAGCCAUCCCAGCCUGCACAACCCCUACAGUUACAUACCGACGAUCCCGGCGAACAUUUCAAAUCUACCGUUGCUCGGUCCCAUGGACUUGUCCAGACUCAGCCUCGGCAACUUGGGCAUCAUACCGCAACCGACCAUUUGCAAGCCAGUUCCUGUUCAACCGCCGAGCGUGACAUCAAUUUCCGAUACCGAAGAUUAUUUGGUGACGGAGAUCGCCAAGAAGGGGAAGAACGGUUUUUCGAUAGACUCGAUAAUCGGCAACGAAAAGUCGCUGUCGAAAUCCGACGGGGCUGUUAAGCUUUUGCCGGAAAGUUCGGACAUGCCCGUGCCAAGAAUACACAGUUCGGCUUUUUCACCGCUGUCAUCCAGUGAUGAUUGGACGAGGUGAAAUUUUCCCAACUAUUAAAACUACGUUUGGUUUAACAAUUAAGAAAAAGGUAUAUUCUCAACAAAGGUAUCUCAUUAUUUUCUCGUAUAAGACCAAAGACAAGCAAAAAUGUAAUGUGAUUUUAUUGUUGCAAUAUUUAUUAGUAGAUUUUAGAUUUUGUAGGUGAUGUAAAUGGUAGUAGUAGACGAGUACUUGGUAUUACUACUAUAUACAAUGUAUAGAUUGUAGAUUUUAAUAUGUAAAACUUAGUUUCAUAAGUUUUAAGUCACUUUUAGGUGUAUCUGUGUACAUAAUUCAGAAUAGUGAAAUUGUACAGUAAUGUAUUUA